AUGCUUAGCGUCACGCGUUUGGCAGCACGAGACGUGCUGCUGCAGCCCCUCCCGCCCCUAAUAGUUGGCCAGAAUCACACGAUUUCGAGUGCGAUCCACCGAGUGGACUUUGUGGGAAAACUAGCGCCCUGGCCAAAUUUUGAAGGCGAGGUUAUUGCCGCCUUCAACUCCCGAACCGUCACCUGGAACGCCCAGACCCUGGACGUAAUCAUAAGUGGCAUAGGUGCAGGUGACUCCGUCACCCAGGAGCAGUUAGUCCUGGGAGAUGAGACCGGCCUGCAGGGGCGUCUAAAUGAACGGCUUAGUCGCCCUGUCACUACAUGCCUUCAAGUUCAAGGGCACCUGCUACGACUUGGCGAUUUUAAGGCAUCUAGCGAAGCAGCACGACCUGGGGUCCUUGACAACGGCGCCGCUACCAAAGUCGUCGUGGAAUUUUUUGAGACUGGCCAAGAGCACCAGCUUCGCCGCAUUUUCGGGCAGGUUGCCCGAUACAUGAAACACCUGAACGUGCGACAUGCGUUCCUGUCGACCUAUGAUGAGACAAUGUUUCUUAGGAAGGUCGAUACAACAACCGGCUGGGCUUUGCAAUUCUCUCCGGUAAUCACUCGUGAUUCCCAGUACAGCAUCCCAAUGAAGACCAUUACCACCCGGCAAGGGCUGUUUUAUUUGGCCCUUCUCGGCCAAACUGCGCAGCCGUUUGCUACCAGGCCUUCGCGCAGUCAGUGGACCACCUAA